AUGCCAUCAAACAACGAACUUCUUCGUGGUCGAUUCGAUAGCGUUCAUGAUCGCAGGCCAACUUCGAUACGAAUCUUUAUUAGUUCCACAUUUUCAGAUACUAUAGAAGAACGUGAUGAACUAAUGAAAAACGUCUAUCCAAAAUUGCGAGAUUACUGUCUCAAAACAUACAACAUACAAUUUCAGGUAUUAGAAUGGUUUCCAAACCCGAGUUCGGUCUCUAUUAUCAUUCGUUUUCUUGGUGCAACACCAUUGUCAAGUGAUAUUCGUCGACCAUUAAUGUCGAUUAUACAACAAAUCUGUAUUCUCUAUCAUCUCACGUCAUCAUCUUCUGUCCAAGAUUCCACAACAAUUGAAGAAUUAAAAAAAAUAUUGCAAAAUCUCUUUACACAAAUUCCAAACAAUGAACAACUUAUUCUUCUUUUCGAUUCGAUCGAUCAAUUACAAGUCGAAGAUUAUAAUUGUGAAAAAUGGCUUCCAAUCAAUUAUCCACCGAAUAUUAAAUGCAUUCUAUCUACAAUACCAGUGAUUACUGAAGGUAACGGAGAACAGAAAAUCGAGUAUAAAAUUCUCGACGGACUUAUAUCUCUCUUUCCUGAUGGUACUCUAAUUGAGAUUAGAGAAUUCAAUAGAAAUCUAGCACAACAAGUAGUCUAUUCAUGGUUAGAACGUGAUGGUCGACGUCUUUCACCGCUUCAAAUGACUUGGUUGCAACCAAAAUUCGAGUCAUAUAGUCCGAACCGAAGUGAUCCCGAACCUACUCCAUUAUUUCUUUCAUUGGUAUAUCAAAUAACCCAAACAUGGCGUUCAUUCAAUGACAAACCUGAUCGUGAUUUUCUUAAAAUACAUUCGACCCGAGAUGCCAUAAACUAUUUGUACAAUCAAUUAUCCAAAAAACAUGGAGAUAUUUUAUUCAAACGAGCGAUGACAUAUUUGAGGCUAGCGGGUGGCCUUAGUGAGACCGAAUUGGAAGAUAUUCUUAGUGCAGAUGACAAAGUUUUGCAGUCAAUUUUUGUUCAUUAUCUUCCUCCAACGAAUAUAUUUCGAUUACCAAGUACUCUGUGGAUUCGUAUUCGUAAUGAUAUGCACAAAUAUCUCAUAGAAAAAAAAAUUGAUAGUACACUCAUUAUCUACUUUUAUCAUCGCAGUUUUCAACAACACUCGAUAUUCAAUAUUAAUCAAGAAAAACCUAUUGAAACGAUUCGACGUGCUUAUUUUGCUGGUCCUAUUGGCAAUUUGCCGAACUUAUAUGAUCAACCAUUCAUAAUCGAAUCGAAAAAACUUAUCGAAAAGAUGAACAACAGUGUUACUUCACUAGUCGUUGAUCGAUGUCUAACAAAACAACAACCAUAUGUUCUGAAUAGAAAUGAACAAGAAUGCAUCUUCAAUAUACGACGAAUUAAUCAACUGUGUUUAAAUUUAGAUGCCUAUCGACCUGAACCAUAUUUUCUCUAUGAUUAUGAUUUUAUGUGGAGUUUUCUUCAUUGUUACAAAAUGAGUGAUCGAUUUGUGGCCGAUUCUUCUUCUCCCGAAAUUCGAUUUCUUCUUACACAAUACAUGAGUUGCUCUACUAUCCUGGAUAAAUAUCCAGAUAAUUUUGCCUUUGAAAUUGUAUCUCGUCUAGCAUCUUUUAUCGAAAUACUGCCUGAAUUUAUCUACAAUCUACUUCAGCAAUGUUUAAGUAAUUGUAUGCUUCGCAUGUUGGAAAGUAAUACACAAACAUUCACUACAACUAUGAACAAAUAUCAAAUAGGUGUCGUUAAUGCCAUCUUUGGUGCAUAUAGUACUCUUUAUGUAUUUCGUCCAGAAAGAUUUCUUAUAUUUCGGUUUUAUGCACAAGAUUGGACUGGUAAAAUAUUUGAAUAUAAAUUACCUUCAAAUGAAUUCACUUCGAUCAAGUUUGGUUUGAAUGAUAUCUGUUUCUAUUCGUUACAAUCAAUUUUAGUCUUUCAAAAAUUCGAUGAUCACUUUGGACUUCAUUUAAAUUAUAACCAUAUAAUACAUGUUGAUUUUAUAUACAAAGAUAAAUUAUUUGUUUGUUCGAGAGAUAAUCGAUCGAUCGAUCUAUGGCAUUGUUUAGAUAAGACAUUGAUUGAACAAUAUAUAUUUGAUGCUCCCAUUUUAGAAUGUUCGACUAUUGAACAUCAUAUGGGUGCAACGAUUCGAGUGACACUUGAAACUGGUUUAACAUAUUAUUUGAUUGCUACCAAUGUUCAAGGAAAAAUUCGCUUUCAACUUGUUGCAACAUUAAAUAAAAAACCGGAUAAACAAAAUAUUUUUCUUAAUCUCAAAACUGAUGUUUAUUAUUCUGAAGGUCAAUCACAUAUUUAUCUCUACUAUUUCGAACGUGCUGAAAAUGAUCGUCUCGAAAAAAUCGAUAAUUUACCUUUACUGAAUCAUGUCAUUUAUAGUCAAAGUUUUUUCAGCGAUCGGCAUCAGAGUGCAUUAAUAUGGUUGACUAUUGAUUCUGUCGUUAUUUUUCAUUCAUGUGGUAAUUAUUUCAUUAUUUCCGGUGAAUAUCAUGAUGUAUAUACAAGAUAUCAAUUAAAGCGAAAUUUUAUUUGUUGUCUCAAUCGAAAUGAAUCAAGAAUUGAUAUAUACGAAUGGAAACUUUAUGAGCGUUUUCAUACGUAUCGUCUACUCGUUCGUCUACAACUCGAUGAAAAAAUUUCUCAUUGGACAUGUCAAAUAGGUGAGUUUUCGUCAUAUUCAUAG